AGCAACAGCAACAUUGAUGUGUAGCAUUUCAAAAAGCAGCUACAAGCUUCAUCGAAACACCAAUUUGUGUUUUGUUAUUGGAAAUUCUUCUUGCGUUAUUUUUUAAAAUAACUUCAAAUUUAAACAAAAAUAGUCAAUAAAAACCAUGAAUAAUUUAAAUUCAAAUCUAGUGAAUAAUUUUUCGUUGAAUUAUUUUAAUAUUCUUUAAAAUAGUGACAGUGAAUUCAUUCCUGAACAAGAGAAAAAAAAAAAACGUGCAAUAAAUUCUUCAAAAUGGCCGAAUUGACAGUGAAUGCAAUAAUAUAAUAAUCGUCAGCCAUAUUUGUGUGUGAGAAGAGCGAAUUCAAUUUUUUGUUUUGUUUUCGAAUACAUCCAUUUCUUUUUGUUUGCCGUUAAUUAUUCUAGCUGUCUCUCUUUUUAAACAAGUGAAAGAAAAAGAUCAAACUACUAGUUUUUAGCACUAGCUAUUUUGUUUUCAGUUUUUGUAUUGGUAUGUGUGUUCUUCGUUUUUUUUUUCUCUCUCAUUGAGGCAGGCCGUGUACCGUACUUUUUUAAACGUCAGUCUGUUGAGUUAACCGCAACGCGGAGCAACAAAACGGAAUUUCGCUUUUUCGUCAUUUUCACUACCGAUUAAAUAUCGUAUCGUCUGCCGUCGUUGAGCAAUUAACAAUUUUUUACAACAGUGUUUAUCAAAUUUGGGUCACACCCUUGGAUUUGGAUUCAUAUAAAUAUAUCAAAAAUAAAAACGAAACAGUUUACACUGUACUCAAAAUAAAGAAAACUAUUCCCAGCUAUUGGUGGGAUAAAUGUCAAAUUCAUCACGCGACGCGUUGUCAUUGCCCUCUCAUAACCGUCAUCAUUUUGUCGUGUGUGUUUGGUUCAAUAGUCGAUUACAUUAAAACAAUUAUCGAAAGUUUCCCCCCAAAGCGCUGAACAACACUACUGUCACCGCAGGCAUCCAUGCUAUUUUGCCGCAAUUAAUUGCGCAUUUCGCUAUGUUUACACGACGAAAUAAAAAAACGCUUCCAACUUCUGUCACUUUCUUUGCCACUCCGUUACUGCUUAAUUACAGUUAAAGUGGUGAGAAAGAGAUGUAGAAAUUAAAACAAAACAAACAAAAAAAAAAAUAAAGAGUUCAAGUGAAAAUUAUAAAAAUUAAUAUUUUUCGGUUGAACGAAACAUUAAAAGCAUCGUCGAAGAGAGAGGAAGGAGGAAUAUAAAAAAAAAAAAAAUUACCCGCCUGUCACUCGACGCCAAUAUUCUUUCGGCUUGUCAAUGCGCACCCAGCAUGUAUGAGUGUGUGCGUGCAUGUGUGUGACUUAUUGAAUCGCGUUUGUGUGUUACAAGUGGAUUAAGUGGUUUUUGAAGGAGCUUCAUCGCCGCCGUCUUCGUCCUCUUUGCUUUCGCCUUUCGGGUUGUAUUUUUUUUUUGUUUUCAACUCGUUCACCACCCCUCUUCUCUGCCCUUUGUCGUCUCACAUCGACAUCGGUUUGUUUUAAGUGUUUGUUUUUUGUUCGUUGAAUUUUUUCUAUACAUUUUUGCCCUGCGAUUUCUGAGCAAUUAUCGUGCUGUUUUUCGUAUAUAUACAUUUUUUUUUGGUUUUUUUGCAUCAAGCUCUCUUUCGCCGUCGCCUGCUGCUGCUUUCAUCUGUUGUUUGUUCGACGAGUUGAGUGGUGCAAGGAAAAAGGCUUAUCGACGCGUCACGUCGUUAUUAUACACAGUGUUUUGCCUGUGUGUGUGUGUGUUGUUAAGAGAAAAAAAAAAUACGGCUAACCGUUAUUACAACAUCAAAUAAAAUUUAUUAGUGCAAACCAAUAUAGCAAAAAUCAAAGUUUAAUUGUGUUUGUUGUUUUCUCUCACUAAACCACACUUGGAUUACAUUUAUUUUGUAUUGUUGUUCUGUGGAUUAACUAGUUUCUACAUAAAUUACACUUCUGACACAAGCUUGAAAUAAAGCAAGCAUUUUAUUUUUGUCAUUGUUUUAUUUAAAAGAAAACAACAAAAAAACCAGUCAUAAGCAGGGAUAUGUAUCCGGCACCGGUUCGUCAUCCAUCAGCUGGGGGUCCUCCUCCACAGGGGCCACUCAAAUUCACAAUUGUGGAUACAUUGGAAAGGAUAAAGGAGGAGUUUAAUUUUUUACAAGCACAAUAUCACACACUAAAACUAGAAUGCGAAAAGUUAGCAAAUGAAAAAACAGAAAUGCAACGUCAUUACGUUAUGUACUAUGAAAUGUCCUAUGGCCUUAAUGUAGAAAUGCACAAGCAGACAGAAAUUGCGAAACGGUUAAAUACCUUAAUAAGCCAGCUUUUGCCAUUUCUACAAACUGAUCAUCAGCAACAAGUGUUACAGGCUGUCGAACGGGCCAAACAAGUAACAAUGCCUGAAUUAAAUUUAAUAAUUGGGAACCACCAACAACAGGGAAUUCAACAGCUUUUACAACAAAUUCAUGCGCAACAAGUGCCCGGUGGACCACCACAACCGAUGCCAAGUCUUGGAGCGUUAGCUGGACCAUUUGGAGCAUUAGGUGGACCAAUGGGAUUACCACAUGCACCACAAAGUCUAUUAAAAGCACCGCCAGAUCAUCAUCGGCCAGAUAUGAAAAGUAAUUUAGAUGGACCGUCUGCUGAAGAGAGACUGAGAAACUCUGUAUCACCGGCGGAGCGUGAGAAAUAUCGUACCCGGUCACCUCUUGACAUUGAGAAUGACGCCAAGCGAAGAAAAGAAGACAAACUGGCACAUGACGACGAUGGCGAGAAAAGCGAUCAGGAUUUAGUCGUAGAUGUGUCAAAUGAAAUGGAAUCACCAUCCCCACGACCAAAUGGCGAUCAUAUCUCGAUAGAUUCACGCGAUCGCGAUCGUGACAGUAUUGGCCUAAACGGAGAUCGAUCCGAUAAACCCGGUAGCAGUAAUUCAAAACAGACCAGCGAUAGACCACCAUCCCGAUCGGGCUCAAGCUCAUCACGAUCGACGCCCAGCCUUAAAACUAAAGAUCUCGACAAACCUGGAACUCCGGGUGCUAAGGCCAGAACACCAACACCGAAUGUACCUAUGCCGGUAAAUCCAAAGCAAGUACUUCCACAGGUUCCACCAGCAGGCUAUCCCAAUUCCCCAUAUCAGCGGCCAGCGGAUCCCUAUCAACGACCACCACCUGAUCCUGCGUAUGGCCGACCUCCAAUGGCGUAUGAUCCACAUGCUCAUGUACGCGCCAAUGGUAUCCCUCAUUCUGCUGGAUUGGCCGGUGGAAAACCAGCCUACUCGUUUCACAUGAAUGGCGAAGGCACCUUACAACCGGUGCCCUUUCCGCCGGAUGCCCUAGUGGGUGUGGGCAUCCCAAGGCAUGCACGCCAAAUGAGCACACUCUCUCACGGUGAAGUUGUGUGCGCCGUAACGAUCUCGAAUCCAACGAAAUACGUCUAUACCGGAGGAAAGGGAUGCGUCAAAGUUUGGGAUAUUGCGCGACAAGGCAGCAUGACACCGAUCAGUCAAUUGGACUGUUUACAACGCGAUAAUUACAUUCGCUCAGUGAAACUUCUGCCAGAUGGAAGAACUCUAAUUGUCGGUGGAGAAGCAUCAAAUUUAUCAAUAUGGGAUUUGGCUAGUCCGACCCCAAGAAUUAAAGCCGAGCUAACGUCUGCUGCACCAGCGUGUUAUGCUUUGGCAAUAAGUCCCGAUUCCAAAGUAUGCUUUUCCUGCUGCAGUGAUGGCAAUAUUGCCGUCUGGGAUUUGCAUAAUGAGUCGCUUGUGCGACAAUUCCAGGGACACACAGAUGGUGCCUCUUGUAUUGACAUUAGUCCUGAUGGUUCACGUUUGUGGACUGGUGGCUUAGAUAAUACAGUGAGAUCCUGGGACUUGAGAGAAGGCAGACAACUGCAACAACAUGAUUUCAGCUCACAGAUCUUCUCUCUAGGAUAUUGUCCAACAGGAGAAUGGUUGGCAGUUGGUAUGGAAAAUUCACACGUUGAAGUAUUGCAUGCAUCGAAACCAGACAAAUACCAAUUGCAUCUGCACGAAAGUUGUGUUCUUUCAUUAAGAUUUGCCACAUGCGGCAAAUGGUUUGUGUCAACUGGAAAGGAUAACUUGCUGAAUGCAUGGAGGACACCGUAUGGCGCCAGCAUAUUCCAAUCCAAAGAAACAUCGUCAGUGCUAAGCUGCGACAUAUCAACCGAUGAUAAAUACAUUGUAACUGGAUCUGGAGACAAAAAAGCCACAGUCUACGAAGUCAUAUACUAAAAACACAUACAAAUAUACAGCAUCACAGCAAAACAAGAAAAAGGAGUCAACAUCAAUAUGAAACAUCGUUGUUUAAUAUUUUUUUUUUAUAAUUUUCUUUCUCUACAUUUUUUGUUUUCUUGUAAUUUUAUUUUUUUUUUACAUUUUAUUUCAGGGAUUUAUAAAUAUGUAUUUCGUUAAUUUUUACUAUAGGUAACCAUGUAUUUGUUUUUUUUUUUUGCUUAAGAAAUAAAAUAGAAAAAGUCAAAAAUAAAUGAAAACAGUUCCCCCAAUUUUCAACUCGAAAAAAAAACACACAUAACAUUUGUCACGCGCCCUUUUUUUUAUAAAAUAAUUAAUUUUAAUUUACUUUUUUUUAACUUUUAAAUUAUUUAAUUUUAGAAGUUACCUCUACAUAUAUUUGUAAAUAAAGAUUA